AUGCCCUCAGAUAGUAUGGACGACAUCGAACUGAAAAAUAUUCAGCUUCAAUUUCCUCCGCUAAGAUGUUUGUCGAGAGAUGACAGUUCCGUGCGAGAGGAAAGGGUUGAAACUGACAAGGGGAGUCUGUUGGUGGCUGUACAAGGGAACCGAGCAAAACCUGCCAUUCUCACUUAUCACGACUUAGGCCUUAACUAUAUAUCGAGCUUCCAGGCGUUCUUCAAUUACAUCGACAUGAGAGUUUUACUCGAAAACUUUUGCGUUUAUCAUGUGAAUGCACCGGGUCAAGAAGAAGGUGCACCCACGCUGCCUGAGGACUACGUCUAUCCGUCCAUGGAUGAGCUGGCUGAACAGCUACUCUUCGUACUGGGCUAUUUUGGCCUGAAAUCCGUAAUCGGUUUCGGAGUCGGUGCCGGGGCCAACAUACUAGCGAGAUUCGCACUUGCUCACCCCGAGAAGGUUAAUGCACUGUGCUUGAUAAACUGCGUGUCGACACAGGCAGGUUGGAUCGAAUGGGGCUACCAGAAGCUGAAUGUUCGUCACUUGAGGUCACAGGGCAUGACUCAGGGCGUAUUGGAUUAUUUGAUGUGGCAUCACUUUGGCAGGUUCAUUCACACGGAAUUUAAUUCGUCUAAUUUUACAAGGAAUUCCGAUCGCCAGAGAUUCAAGGAAUACUAUGUGCAAAACGUGUUUCAGGGCACGGAGGAGAGGAACCACGACCUUGUUCAAGUGUACAAGAACUACUUUGAGCGCCGCGUGAAUCCAACAAAUCUAGCACUGCUAAUCGACAGUUACGUCCGUCGUACGGAUCUGAACAUCACGAGGGAAUUAGAUCCAACGCGUAAGAAGGAAGGUCUCACGCUCGGCGUACCUGUAAUGAAUAUCACCGGAGCUUUGAGUCCGCACGUCGACGACACUGUCACGUUAAACGGACGAUUAGAUCCGAUGAAUAGCUCUUGGAUGAAGUGGCACCACUAUCACCAUUGAAAAUGGCUGACUACAGACUGGCUUCCCUCGAAGGACUGAAUCACGUAUGCAGUAAGAAAAUCGACUGGCCCACCGCCACUAUACACAUCACCGAGAAUCCCAUAUCGGAGGCAGUCGUUUGUUAAAUUCCUCUCGAGAAAUCUCGCAAUUUGCCAUCGUUGUUUGUUUUUUUCGUACGACAAAGCAUGCAAGAAUUUAAAAGAAAAAGAAGGAGAAAAAAAAAGGAAGAAGGAAGAAACAAGACCAUGCAAAUCGAGUCGAGCAUCGAUUUUUUUUCUUUUUCUAUCUUUUCUUUUUUUUGUUUUUUUUUUUAACGAUCGACGUGGCUCUAAUUUCUAAUUUUCGUUUUGUCAAACUAACAUCGAUUAUUCGGUAUUUUUUAGUUUUAAGCGUAUUUCUAGUUUGAUUCACUUGUUUCAAGUUUGCUCUGCGUCCCUUUUAUUUAUAAUAAUGUUAAGAUAUUUACGAAUAUUUCCGAUGGUACAAGACAUUUUGUAGCGAUCAUGAUGCACGUUUCUUUUGUUUAUUAUGUAUUAGCGAUAG